AUGACGCCUCCCCUGAAGCUGUUCGUCAACACUUCAUACCGGGUGUGCCUCCCAAGCGCCGGACCUUACCCCAGUGCCUGCGUGGCGCAGCUGCAUGGGCUUCAAGGACCAGCAGGUUUUUGUUCGGCGUGGCCGCCUCACUCUUGCCCUGACAGCAGCAAAACUCUGCCAGAGGGAACACAGAGGUGCAUCCAAAGUACCGUGUGUGUUGAGCGACGCGUCGGACUGCCUGCAGUACGAGUGCGGGCGGCCCCCAGCCUGACGAUAAGAGCAGUGUGGAAGCCGGACCUGCCGACACCGCACGGCCUUGUCUACCCCAGUGUGUGUCCACUGCAGCAGCCGGAAAAAAUCUGGCCUACAUGGGACCACUGCCAGGAGCCUGCAAGAAGCACUCAGCCAGGUUUGUGGAACCAUAACGGUGAGACCUACACGCCACGUGGCGACACUUCUCCGAGGUUCCGGUGGCCGUGGACUACGAGGGCUCUUGCAUCGCUGUGGGACGGUCUGACGGGGGCCCUGAAUCUGCGUGCAGCGAGUACUCCUGCCCACCUUACUUUGUCCACUGCAGGCUGCAAGCACCAUCACCCCCUUGAGGAGUGCGAAGUGAGGGCGGUACUGCCAGAGCGGGCUGCAGAGCGAGGGCGGCUGAGAGGCGAGGCGGCUGCCAGAGCUGAGGGCGGCUACGAGCAGCUGCAGGGCGGCCUGCAGAGCGGCCCUCCAUGGAGGAUGUCUGCAGGAUGGUGGCUGCUUCCUGGUGUUUUGCAGAUAGAAGCUGCCACCCCCAGUUCCCUUGGCAACAGCAUCGUGGAGGAGGUGAUCCAUCCCUGCAACCCGAACCCCUGCCCCAGCAACCACGUGUGUCAGGUGAACAGGAGGGGCUGCCUGGAUGACCUCCACUGUCAGCCCUACAUCUGUGUGCCAGGCUGUAAACUGGGCGAGGCCUCAGAGUUCCUGGUGCAGCAGGACUCUCGUAUUCAGGUUCCGACCCGCUCUGGUCCCUCCGGCUGCCACGAGGUCUGCAGCUGUGGUGUCAGCGGGCGUCUGGAGAACUGUGUGGAGAUGCCCUGUGUGGACACCGACAAGCCCUGCAGCGUGGCAGGACAGAGAAAGAGCCACGGGACGUCUUUCAGGAUGGACUGCCACGUCUGCUCCUGCUUCGCUGGGGACACCAUCUGCUCCAAGAGACAGUGUCUGGGCUUGAACAGCUCCGAGGAGGACCGCAGGCGCUUCACAGGCCUCCCCUGCAGCUGUCCGUACCACUUCAUCCCGGUGUGUGCCUCCAACGGCCGGACCUACCCCAGUGCCUGCGUGGCGCGCUGCAUGGGCUUCAAGGACCAGCAGUUUGUGUUCGGCGUGUGCCGCCUCACUCUGCCCUGCAGCAGCAAACUCUGCCAGAGGAACCAGAGGUGCAUCCCAAAGUACCGUGUGUGUCUGAGCGACGCGUCGGACUGCCUGCAGUACGAGUGCGUGGGCCGGCCCCCAGCCUGCGAUAAGAGCAGUGUGGAGCCGGCCUGCGACACCGACGGCCUUGUCUACCCCAGUGUGUGUCAGCUGCAGCAGGCCGGGAAAAAUCUGGCCUACAUGGGCCACUGCCAGGAUGCCUGCAAGAAGCCUCAGCAGGUUUGUGGACAUAACGGUGAGACCUACAGCACAGUGUGCGACGCCUUCUCCGACCGUGUGGCCGUGGACUACGAGGGCUCAUGCAUCGCUGUGGGCGUGUCUGACGGGGGCCCUGACUCUGCGUGCAGCGAGAUCUCCUGCCCACCUUUGUCCACUGCAGGCUGCAAGCCCAUCACCCCCCCUGGAGCCUGUUGUCCGAUAUGUGCUGCCAUGCUGCAGAUCCUCUGGAACAAAGAGCAGAUGAACACUUUCUCUAAGCUGAAUAAGAACCAGCCGGUGACAGUCCGUGACGUCCUGCUGAUCCUGCGGCUUCACGUCUCCGUGCCACAGUGCGACGUCUUUGGAUACCUGAGCAUCAACCACGAGCUGGUGGUCCUCAUCGCUCCGGUGGACCAGCAGCCAACACCACUGCAGAUCGAAGCCUGCAGUAUGGAGGCAGAGAAGAUCUAUUCCCUCAUCAACUAUGCGAGCCCCACGCUGGUCUCACACGUGCCGCUCUCUGCCUUCCUCUCGUCUGAGAUCCAGACCUCCUCCAUCCACUCGUCCGGGGGCGCUCCGCCCUCCCCUCUGCCCCCGGGGCUGAGCCUCCUCCUGGGCCUGCUCGUCGCUGCGGGCCCUGUCCUCCAGCAGCUCUGAGGCCUGAACAUUGUUCUCCUCGCUCCUGAAAGUCUUCCUGGGAUGUGAUGAGGUGAGUGACGUUCCGGUCGUGGAGCAGGAACUUUUUCGACAAUCAUUCCUAUCGACUCACCUGCGUGUCAAACAAUCAAGACGGUGGAAAAGCUUUUAUUGUGGAGAGCUUUUUAUACGAACAGUAUUAUUCAGUGGAUGAGUUACUCACUGGGUUUCCCCCCAGCGAAGUGUGUGUGUGUGUGUGUGUGUGUGUGUGUGUGUGUGUGUGUGUGUGUGUGUGUGUGUGUGUGUGUGUGUGUGUGUGUGUGUGUGUGUGUGUGUGUGUGUGUUUCAGAGACAGAUGAGGACAAAACAUCCUCGUCUGACAAAUGACCCAGAAUUCCCUCUGCCACACACACUUGAACACAGAUUGGAUGAACAUGUGAGCACAUGGACCUGGUGACUCUUUAUGUGAUGUGGUGUUCAUGAAGUCUCAUUAUAUAAUAUAUACCAGCAGUGAAACUAUAAUCACCAGAACAUAGAUUCUGAUGGAUUUUAUACUUUUUAAAGGACAUUUCAGAACCAAUUUAGGGUUUUAACAAACAAUUACCUUCAUUUUUAAAUGAAUCUGAUUCUUUUUCAUUAAUCUAAACAAAUGUAGUUCAUGAACAAUGACACAUUUCAAUUUUUUCUUGCCAAAUCUUUGUAUUUUUUCAUAUUAGUUGAAAACUUCACUGACUUCCUGUUUUAAACGAAAAAUAAUCUCAAACUAAAUAAAAUAAUCGAGCUGCUUCUGUUUUAUAUCAUCUUAAAAUCUUUGGUCUAUAAACAUUAAAGACUUUGAUUCAUAAUAAAGUAUUUGCAGCUCUGCAGUAAAGUGAAAUGUGUUUUAUGAACACCACGUGUAGUAAAGCAGCCGGUCGCUCUGCUUCCUGUCUGCACAGAUGAACUAGAAGCCAUUUAAUAACUAAAGGACAAUCAGCUGGUCACUACCCACAAUCCUUUGGGUAGAGAUCUCCACAGUGUGCCGCGUACAGUGUUAUAUAUGAAGUAAUAAUGAAAUGCAAUAACUUUAUAUUUGUUAAGAAGUGUCUAUAUUUGAUGUAUCUGAUGAUGACGUAUGUGCCAUGUUUUUAAAGCUAAUUCUUCUUUAUUGCAUGAAGUGAUGAAGUGUGUUCCUGCAGAAUGUACUUCAGUGUGUCACAAAGUGUCUAACAGUAUUACUGUGCUAGGCAGCUCUGUAGCGGAGAGCCCUCAGCACGCUCCUCCACCCUCUAGUAUUAUUAUUAUUAUUAUUAUUAUUGUUGUUGUUGUGUUUGUGUCCUCUGGAGCCAAGAUGUUGUUUGUCCUCAGUGUAUUUCAUGUCACAUUAAGUUGUAAAGACAUAAAGAAGUUUUCUCUCUGAGAGUGACGAGCAGACGGAUAUAAACAUGAGUGUGUUUUGUGUGUGUGUGUGUGUGUGUGUGUGUGUUAACGUUUCCUGCUCGUAUGAAGAAGACGACCCUGCAGAAAGGUCUGGAACAUGCAUUUGAUGUCUCCGUGGUAAUAAUCAGACAGGCUAAACUAAAGCUUGUUCCAGAUGAAGGAGCCGUAUUGUUGUUGUGUUCACACCAAACGUAAAGCGAACAUUCAACAUGUCUGGUUUACUGCAGCGGCAUGAACCCAAAACAAGCAGAUUUAAUAAACGUAUCGUUGUGAUGCAGAAAUAAAACCGUGAUGAUGGUUUGUAAAACUCUGAAUUCAGUUUGUAUGCAAACAACUUUUAAAAUGCUUGUUUUCUGACUAGAGUUUGGUUGAUCAGGGCUAAGCUAACAUUGUAGCUUCAUCAUCUAAAUGAGUAGGAUUAUACACAUAGAUCUACACACUUUGAAAUGAUUUGAGAUGUUUAGUGUUGAUGACAGCAGCCGGACUGACAACAGCGUCGACUUUGUUUAUAAUGCGCCGAAAACUUUGUUUGGUGUGAACACACCACUAAAGUCCAGUCUUUAUGCUAAGCUAAGCUACAUAGGCUCUGUCUCAUCUCACUCUCAGAAAGAAAUGAAUCACUACUCGUAUGUUGUGAUCUUUUUAGUUCAUGUUUUAACAGAACUUAAAACAGGAAGCUCAUUCCUCUAUCUGAUGUAAACGCAGUCAGCUGUCCCAAGCAUAUAAACCCUGGGGGGGGCUGAUUGUUGAUGCUUUUCACUUUUAUCAUGUUUGAAUUCUCUUUCCAAACUUUCCAAUAGUUUAAAAUUCUCCGAGUGUUUUCUUUUUGACUGCCAUGCAUAUAAAGAGAAUUGGAAGUCAACAGGAUGCAUAUUUCAUGAAAUAUAAAAAAAGCAAUACCACAACC